GCUGCCUGCGCAGGCAGCAGCGAGCUGUGCAAGUACCUUAAUAUAGAGAGUAGAAGGUUAUUGUAUUUUCCUAUUUUUUAGAAAUAAUUAAAAUCCAUUGGUUUUCGACAAGCAGUAAAAUUUUGGACAACCAAUCAUAAUUGUGAAUUUCGGAAAGAAAUUCUAGUUACAUUUUAGGGACAUUAAAGUUUCAAGGUUUAAGUAAAUAGGUUAGUAAAUAACGAACGUGAAAUAAAAAUGCGUAUCAAAACAAACAAGGAUCAAGAAGCCUCGUGUGGUCGUGUAAUUAUCAAUCAUCAGUUAAUGAUAUUUUACACAGGAUUUUAUUUUUUCCGCUUAAAAAGUGUAAUAUAUUUGUGUUGAUUUAUUUCGUUACUGUUGAAAAAAUGUCGAGGAAAUAAUUAUGAUUCCCAAACACAAAAAAUUGAAUGAUUCUGGUGUAAUCAAAGUUGACUCACAGAUAAAAACUGUUAAUUCAUCAUACACGAAAAUGUCCGAAAGGAAAAUCGUGAUAAAAAAAUCAUUUAGUCUCAGUGCUACCAUGUAAGAAAGAUUACACCGUCCUUGGUAGGAAAAUAUCUACAUUCGUAUAAAUAUAUAUUUUUAUCAUCGGAAUGGCAAUAUGAAAACAUAAUUCCAUUGGUGGACAUAUGAAAACAAAAAAAAUGACCUUUUCCAAAAUUUAUGCUAAAACUUAUCACAAUUCAUAAAUAUUGAAUUUUUGCAAAUGUAAACAACUAAAAGUCUCAUAAUGAGUUCCAUUACUGUAAACGAAAAUGAAGAAAUGUCUUCCAUUUCUGCUUCAUCUUCAACGACUUCUUUGUCGAAUAAUGAAGUUGAAACAACUUCUGAACAAGAGAAUGAUACCUCCUCACCUAGACUAGACUAUGACCAAGUUGACGAAAUUGGAGUUGAUUCUGAUGAUUCGGUUGAUGAUAUACCAGAUUCCUCUUCUACAUCUUCUGAAUCGCUUUCGUUAGCAGCGUCCUCUACAAUAACCUUAAAUGAUAGUGAUGACAAUGAAAAUAAUGUUAAUGAUACAGCUUGACUAGAUCUACCAAUUUAUGCACAAGCCACUGUUAGUGGUGGCCAUGCGUUGUGCCAUAUAUUACGUGUAUAUGUCGAAAAUCGAUUGACUAAAAAAGCGUUAGGAGAUUUAUUGAGUACAUUAAAUUUGCUUUUACCUGAAGAUCAUAUUAUUCCGAAAACGAAACAUCAAUUAUUAUCAUUAAUCGAACAGAUCUUACCGCAUUCGCAAUCAAAUUUUUUUGUAAAACACAAAAUUUGUUCAAAUUGUCAUAACUAUUUGGGAAAAUGGGAUGAAAUUCAAUUGGAACAUUGCCCUUCUUGUAAUAGUAAUAAAAUUAACAGUUUCUUUUUACAAUUCGACCUCGAAGCGGAAUUGCGAAGUGCUUUUGAAAUUAGGGAUCUUAGUACAUUAAUAAACACCUUCGAAAGUGAGUGCGCAAACAAAGACCCCGGAAAAAUAUACGAUUUAACGUCUGCGUCAGAAUUUCGACGUUUAAAACCCAUUGCCAUACCUGGCCAAUAUGAUAUAUUCUUAAUUUGGUAUACAGAUGGAGCGCAAGUCUCCAAAAGCGGAAAAAGUCAAAUUUGGCCAGUUUAUGCACAAGUUGCAAAUAUACAUCCAAAAUUUAGAAGAAAUUUUCAAUUUGUUUGUGGGCUUUUUUAUUCCAGCAGGAGUGUUAAAAAAAAACCAGAAAUGAACUCCUUUCUUCAACCUUUUGCAACGGUUUUAAAAAGUCUACACACAAAUGGAUUUCAAUGGUUUAAUCAGACGUUAAAUCAAACAAUCCGUAGUCGAGUAAUUGCUCCGAUAGCAUGUUUAGAUGCUCCGGCAAAAGCUUCGGUACAAAUCGUUAUGCAAUACAAUGGCGAGAAUAGUUGUGGAAGCUGUGAAGCUAAAGGUGAAAGCUCAGAAGUGGGUGGGGGUACAAAUUGGGUUUUUCCAGUUGAUGUGGACAAUUCCGUUUUAAGAUCUGCUGAACGCAUGCAAAAACAAACUGAAAUCGUCGAAAGAUACGAAAAUUUAAAGCAUUUCAAAGGCGUAAAAGGUAAAUCUAUUGUUACAAAUAUACCAUUCUUUGAUAGAUCCAUAGAUUUUCCACCUGACUAUAUGCACUCCGUUCUGCUUGGUGUAAUGCUAAUGUUUUUAACUUUGUGGUGUAAUUCGAGUAGCCAUAAUGAAGAUUAUUAUUUGCGGAAAGAGCAGCGAGAUGGAAUUGAUGCUAUUUUAGAGUCAAUUGCACCACCAGAAGACAUUACGCGAACACCAAGAAAGUUAAAUCAACUUUGUGACUGGAAGGCUUCUGAACUCAGAGCAUUUAUUCUUUAUUAUGGACCGAUUGUUUUGAAAAAUCGUCUAAAUGAUGCACAUUAUCAACAUUUUUUAUUGCUCUCUCGGGGAAUUCAAAUAUUGUGUUCAGAAGAAAUUGAUUCAACGGAAUUAGAUUUCGCUGAUACGCUCUUGAAUAUUUUUGUAAUAGAUGUUGAACGAUUGUAUGAAGUCAAUAAGUGUUCCUAUAAUGUACAUCAACUGAAACAUCUCGCACUGUUUGUUAAACUGUGGGGUCCACUCUGGGUUUGGUCGGCCUUUUCGUCUGAGGAUCAGAACGGCGAGCUUAUAAAAAUGAUUCAUGGAUCUAACAAAAUAGACGUAGAAUUGUCCAAUACUAUAAAAAUUUUUCAAGCUUAUCGCAGCAUUAAAUAUUUAAUCAAUCCAGCAAGGCAUUUAAAGGACACUCAAUGUCGCGCACACGGUGCGCCCACCUAUCAUACUGUUCCAGAUAGCGACCUUAGAGUAAUAUGUACUGCAUUACAUUUUACAAUCGAUGAAUUCCAAGAAUCAGGUUUUCUGAUUUUUAAGCGAUGCAAAAUAAGAGAAGAUAUUUUCACUUCUGAAUUGUAUACUCGCCAAGUAAAGCGCACAAAUUUCCAUGUUCAGUGGAAGGCAAAUCAAAAAGAAUAUUUUGGUAUUAUUAAGUACUUUUUAAAAUUGCAAGGAAAUUUGUACGCUGUAUUACGUGAACUUAUAAUUUCUCAGGAUAGUAAUCAAGAAAUUAAAAAUAAAGAACUGAACUUUAACUUCAACCACCAUAUAAAACACGUUCGUGAUUCUUACUGUGUUCAUGUCGUUCCAAUCAACGGCAUAAUAUCCAAAGUACUGCGAGUAGAAAAUUAUAUCUGUACAUUUAUAAACAACGUAGAAAAAAAAUAAGAUCAUUUAUAUUGUUAAUGCGUAAAAUUAACUUUCACUUUGUAAAUAAGUAAAUGAUUAGAUUAUCGAAUUAAGUAACUAGGAUGCAUACUUUGGAACAACCUCGUCACAAAAUAUCUAUUUACAAUUUUCUAUGAGUUACAAUAUAACCAAUAUUUUUGUGAAUAUUCUGAAUAUUUUUGUAAAUAAUUAAAUGAUUCAUUUAAAAUCGAGAUUGAUAGUCCCAAGAUUAAACUAAUUUACAUAUGGACAUAAUUUUUACAUGUCACAAGAUAUGUCUUUCUUUAGGGUAGACCGGGGCUAACAGGUCCACGGGUAAAAAGGUCCACUACGAGUUUUCUUAAUCCCCUUAAAACUAAAUUUUACUGUUUACAUAAAUGUUUCUCUCCUUAUCAACGGAUACAACUGUUACAACAGCGAGAAAAAAAUAAGUAAUCGAUUAUCAACAAUUAUCAGCAAAAAUUUACAAAAGUCGAAAAUCGUAUAAAUUAAAAAAAAAUGAUGUCAAUUGUCAAGGGUCUCUAUAUAGCAACAAUUUUUGGGCGUUUUUAAUUUUAAUAACUCUAAUAAAAAAGAUUAUUAGAUCCUGACCCUGGGGCUAGAAGUUCCAGAUAGCACAUUCGUAAAAUGUCGCUUAUCAUUCUUAAAUUAUGUAAUAUUGUUGCAUCAAAUGUUAUUAUUUACAAUAGUCAAGAACAAUACUUUUAAUAAGAUAUAUUCUUUCUUUUUACACUUUUUGUUGUUAAAAAUAUAACAAUUAAUGUUACCAAGUGGACCUUUUAGCCCCGGUCUCUCCUAUAUUGUUCUCAAAAAAUAAUGUUACUUCGACAUUAGGAAACUACGUAUUAGCACAAUUGUAUUCCAUUUUAAAAGAAAAAAAUUUCUUAUUUACUGUUCAUGCGUUAAAUUAAAUUGCACUUUGUAUAAGUAAAUCCUUACUGAAUUUUUAAAAAUGAAAUCUAAUAUUUGUCGAUGUGGUAUUAAAAAGUUAAAAUCUUUUAAUAAAUCAAAUUAACGA